CAUAAAACCAGGCGAUGUCCACCAUGGUGUAUCCGCGCGAUGAAGCCCUGGAGCGCCUGACCCAGGAUGAGAUCGUCCUCAACACUAAGGCCGUCAUGCAGGGCCUGGAGACGCUGCGUGGCGAACACACCCAGCUCCUCCACUCGCUCCUGGACUGUACCCAGCCUCCCAUCGCCCAGGAGAAGUCCGGCCUCCUCAGGAAGAAUCUGGAAGACAUCGAGCUGGGCCUGGGAGAGGCGCAGGUUAUCAUUGCUCUGUCCAACCAUCUCAGCGCCGUGGAGUCAGAGAAGCAGAAGCUGCGCGCCCAGGUGCGUCGGCUCUGCCAGGAGAACCAGUGGCUGCGGGACGAGCUGGCGGAAACGCAGCACAAGCUGCAGCGCAGCGAGCAGUGCGUCGCUCAGCUGGAGGAGGAGAAGAAGCACCUGGAGUUCAUGAAUCAGAUCAAGAAGAUUGACGACGACGUUUCUCUGUCGGAGGAGAAGGGCCAGAGCUCCGGAGGGAGUGGAGGGAAAGGAGCAGCAGCAGGAGGAGGAGGAGGAGACUCUUCAAAGGACAGCCUGGAUGACCUGUUCCCCAACGAUGACGACCAAGGAACAGCCCAGCCCAGUGGGGAGGCAGCAGCCCAGCAGGGGGGCUACGAGGUCCCCAAUCGUCUCAGGACGCUGCACAACCUGGUGAUCCAGUACGCCUCCCAGGGCCGGUACGAAGUGGCCGUGCCUCUCUGCAAGCAGGCCUUGGAGGAUCUGGAGAAGUCGUCCGGACACGACCACCCCGACGUGGCCACCAUGCUCAACAUCCUGGCCUUGGUGUACAGGGACCAAAACAAAUAUAAAGAAGCAACUCACCUUCUGAAUGACGCCCUAGCUAUCAGAGAGAAAACCCUGGGCAAGGACCACCCAGCUGUGGCUGCAACCCUCAACAACCUGGCUGUGCUGUUCGGCAAGAGGGGCAAAUACAAAGAGGCCGAGCCCCUCUGCAAGAGGGCCCUGGGGAUCAGGGAGAAGGUGCUGGGCAGAUCUCAUCCGGAUGUAGCCAAGCAGCUGAACAACCUGGCCCUGCUGUGCCUGAACCAGGCCAAGUACGACGAGGUGGAGUACUACUACAAACGGGCCCUGGAGAUCUUUGAGUCCAAACUGGGAGCCGAUGACCCCAGUGUAGCCAGGACCAAAAAUAACCUGGCCACAUGCUACCUGAAGCAGGGCAAGUUUAAAGAUGCAGAGGCUCUGUACAAAGAGAUCCUGACCAGAGCUCAUGAGAAGGAGUUUGGAUCUGUCAACAAUGAUAACAAGCCCAUCUGGAUGCAUGCAGAGGAGAGGGAAGAGAGCAAGAGUAAACAGAAGGACUCUGGGCCGUAUGUGGAAUAUGGCAGCUGGUACAAGGCCUGCAAGGUGGACAGUCCCACUGUGAACACGACCCUGAAAAGCUUGGGAGCGUUGUACCGUCGCCAGGGGAAGCUGGAGGCAGCAGAGACGCUUGAGGAGUGUGCCAGCAAGUCACGCAAACAGGGAAUUGAUGCCAUAAAUCAGAGUAAGGUGGUGGAGCUGCUGAAGGACGGACCAGGGGGAGGGGCCAACAGGCGGCAUAGCAGAGACGGACCAGGGGGACGAGGAGACGGCGAGGGCGACGACGCUGCCGAGUGGAACGGGGAAGGAAACGGGUCUCUGCGUCGCAGCGGCUCCUUUGGAAAGAUCCGUGAUGCUCUGAGGAGGAGCAGUGAGAUGCUGGUGAAGAAGCUGCAGGGCAGCGGACCUCAGGAACCCCGAAACCCAGGAAUGAAAAGAGCGAGCUCCCUGAACUUCCUGAACAAGAGCAACGAGGAAACCACACAGGUAAAGAUGUUUUUUUUGCCAGGGUUCCUACAGUCUGGGCAGGGCUACCGUAUUUUCUGUACUAUAAGGCGCACUACAUUAAUGUUAAAUUCUCUAUUUCCAUAUUUUACUGCUUAGACUUGAGUUUGAAGUCUGUGCAGUAAGCGCCGCCAUUUGCCAGGUGCCAUUGUGGCGUCCUAAAACGCACUGUAAUAAUCUGGUGAAGAACGAAGCUGCAGUGUUUUGUCUUUGUAGUUGACCAAAGUCAGACUAAAACAUUUUGACAGAAAGGCGUGUACCACACCAAAUCGCUUUGAGGUCAG